AUGAAAAAAUAAAGAGUAUAGCAAUAAUCGAGAUUUCCAAUAACUACAAGACCUUUAUAAACAUUUGAUUUGGAAACUGAAGAAUAAAUAGAAUAGAGAUUCAAUGAAUUCUUGAAUGAAGCUUAAAAUGAAACAAUAAAAUUAGUAACAGUUUAAAAGGGAAAAUAAAGAAGAUUGGCUCUUAAUAAGAACAAAAAGAAAACAAUCAAGGAAAGUUAAAUGGUGGAAUAAUCAUCGUAUGAUGGAGAGAAUCAAUCUCGUGAGGAUGAAAUCAUUGAAUUAGAAACCAAACCUUAAAAGAAAAUUAGUCAAAAGCAUGAGGAAUUUUAUAAAUUUUUUGUGGAUCGAUACUUCCAUAAGUAAGAGGUAAAAUAAUCUGCUUCUACUUAAACUUUAACAAACGAUGUAAACUUUUUAGUCAACAGAUAUGGAGAUGUAUACUUAAUAAUGUAAUUUAGUUUUUACAAAAUUCACUAAUGUCUAGUUUAAUUAUUGAUACUCUUAAACACAAAUUCUAGAAUCAAGUUCCUAUGUAUGAUCAUUUUGGAACUGCCUAAAAGAUUUUGCAAUCAUUUAAUGUAUCAGCUGUUACUUUAUGUAACAUGAAAACCCCAGAAGAAAGAUAAACCUAUUUACUUAACAGUUUUUAAUAGAAAUGUGAUUCAUUAAUGAAUGAAUGGAUUCUUAAAAUAGCAAAGAAAGAUAAACAAUUAUAAUAGAUCGAUAAAUAAUUUACUCUCACAAGAAUGAAAAAUCGCAAAGAACAAAAUGAUCUAUUUAAAUGGUUGACCUUAAAAAGCAAAUAUUUGGUCCUCCAAAAAAAGUUAAGAGAAAUGCUUAUGGAAAAAAUUAAUGAGUAUGAAAAUCAAAUUAAAAUUGCUGAAGCCAUUAGCUAAAAUAAAAAAGUUAAUUUAACAGGCAUAGAGACUAUUCAAACUUCGUAAAUUGUAAAAAAUAAUAAUUUCUAUUCACAAAGCAAUACGGAUUUACUUUAAUGGAAUCCUUUACUUGAAGCUAAAUUUUAAAAAGAAAGAAUGAAAGCUCAAUACACCUACAAUUCAGCAAUUAAUUCGAGCAAUUUCAAUCAAGUAGCUUUUAUGUAAAUAUUUGAUUAAGUAAAAAUUGAAGAUCCUGUCUAUCUACAAAGAGAAGUAAAAAUGUAAAAAUACAUGAAUGGGGAUUGGUUAACCCCAUAAGAAAUGAAAUUUCUUGCUAAUACUUCAGAAUUACUGAAUAAAUGCGUAGAUUAAAAACAAGUCAAGAAAGUUGUAAUGCAUAUCAAGGAAAAAUAACUCUAUGAUUUAGAAAAUUAUUUAGCAUAAUAAAUCAUUUAGAAUCAUUAAUCACUUAAUUGUUAAAUUUAACAAGCUAGAUCAAUAUGGUUAAAAGAACAUACGAAAAAAAGAAAAUAAUAAAUCAAGUCUCAUGAUUAAUAAAUUUAAGAAUAAAUUAAGCAUGCAAAAACACUAAAAGAACAUGACAAAAAAGUCAAGAAGCUUCAAAGAAUUUGCAAAAAAUUAGAAGAGAAUAUCUCCAUCAAAGAUUAAGUAUACAGAAACUUUUUUGCUUUAAUUUUUGUAAGGAAAGUAAUUUAGAAAGUUGAGUAUCUCAGAUUCAUUAAAAUGGAAAAAAGUAAUAUGUUUGUUAAAGAAACAUUGGCUGAAUAAGAACAACUGAGACUUCAUAAAGAAAGAUUAAAAGAACUAUCAAUACCAUAUAAUCAUGAAGAAGACAAACGUAGAAAGUAUCACCCUUCAUCUAAAGUGGGAUUUGUUCCUACUCAUGGAAUGACUGCUGAUGAUUGGGAAAGUCUAGAGGGUCAAAAAUUGGCAGAAAGGGUUAAGAUACUUAAGUAGAAAGAAAAUUAAUACAGAUUAGGAGUAUUAUCAAUAUAAAACAAUAAAAAAGAGAACUUUAUGAAAUUUUACUCUUCUGGACCCAAUAAAGCCUUUAGAUAAGAUCCAAUUUUUGAUCCUCUUAAUCCUAAUGAUCCGCCUAAGUUGUCAGAUAAAGAAUUGAAUUAAAUAAUUAUGAUUCAGAGGGCUAUUCGUAAAAGAAUAGCAUUUAAAAAAUUAAAAAACUAUAAAGAGCUAUUAUUUCAAAAUAAGCUUAGAAUUUACCAUGAAAAAUUGUUUAAACUGAAUUCAGAAAAGGAGUUCCAAUCCAAUGUCAAAGAGACUACCUUAUAGUUGAUUUCAAAACCUCAACUAAGAAUUAAGACUUCAUCAAGCAGAAUUAAAUCUGAAAUUUCUUUAUCUAAAUCUAUGAGAACUAAACUAAAAACUGAAGAGACUGCUGAACCAUCAUCAAUUGGAUUUGGAAGAUAAGGGAGGUUAGUCACAACUCAAAAUUUAUCUAAAGUGAAACAACUUCUUGUUAAACAUGAAAGACUUCUUAGAUAUUCGAAGUCCAAUUAGCCUAAUCAUAUUCUAAAAUCAGGAUUCUAUUAUACAUAAGAUGAUAUAGAUGUCAUGGAUCAAGAUGGAAACACUGCAUUAUAUUAUGCUUGUAUGCAUGGAAACAAUAUACUAAUUGAUUUUAUGCUAAAGCAUGGUGCUAAUCCUAAUGUAUUAUGCAGUGAUGGAACACCUAUGCAUAUGGCAGUCAAAUCGAAUAAAAUAGAUGUAAAAUUGAUUUAUUCAUUAUUAGGUGAUAUAUUUGCUAUUAAAUAAUGGUGGUAGUUUAAAUAUUGUCAAUCAACAUAAUUGCACUCCUUUGGUUUAUGCUACUGACAAAAUCUUAAAAUAAUUAGGCAUGAAAUCCAAAGGUGUUGUUUCUGUUUCCAAAUAAUUUACAGAGAUUAAAAAUGAUGAAAUUCUUUAUUCUAAAGACUUUGCUGUUUAAUGUGAUUGA